AGCAUUUAAAUUCCAGAAGGUUGCAGAUGUCAAGCAGUAGAAGAGGAGAGAGAAGGAAGUCUGAAUCCUUUCAGAGCAAAUUGGCUUGAACUGCUGCACAGUGAAAGCUAACAACAAUUUAGAUUCUACCCUUCUGAUCCAGACACCAAGAAAGGUAAAAUAUCACAAUGAAGAUUGCAGUGCUUUGUUUGUGCCUCAUCAGCAUCACCUUUGCAUUACCAGUGAGUAAAUUGAAGCAUCAUUCCAUCUCAGAGAGCUCUGAAGAAAACCAUGAUUCCAGGAGCCAUCAUUCUCACAGAGAUCACCACCAGCAUGUGCAUACACAAUCACGUGUGAGACCAGCACAAACACAAGAACUUCUGGUACCACCUCAGCAGGACUGUUUUUCUUCAGAUGAAAGUGUUGACACCGAGCAGCAGAGCCUUCCUGAGCCAGCAAGUGUAAGUAAUGAAGAUGAUGGUGAUCAUGAUGAUAACGAUUCCAAUGACACAGAUGAAUCAGAUGAGGAUAUUGUCACCGAUUUUCCCACUGAUGCCCCAGUAACUACACCUUUAACUCCUGCCCUCCCCACAAGGGGAGAUAAUUCAGGCAGAGGAGACAGCGUGGCCUAUAGAAUGAGGGCAAAAGCAAAGUUGGCAGACGUAUACCAUAAGGAGAAGUCUAGCAAGCUCUACAAAGCUGCAGGAAAGUUCGUCAUACAUGAGGUCUCAGAGGAGGAUGACAGCAAACCAGACACAGAAAGCCAGCAGGUGGAUUCCUUCAAAGCCCAACCUGCUGUACACCGCUUUCCAGGGAAAUCUGACAUUAGCCUGGAACUGGAUGACAAAAGUAACAUGCAGGACAGCAAUGAAGUCAACAGCAGGUCACGCGAUAAGCGCAAGGAAAACGACAGCCAACAGCAGCUUGACAGUGUGGAGGCAGACAGCGACAACAGCAAACCUGAUGUCACAGAAGACAGUCACAUGAGCAAUGAAAGCACAGAACAGCAGCAGGCCCCAAUUGAGGACCUACAACAGGUUGAUGGUAUCCCUGAAGUCAAUGAUAGCAAUCAAACUUCUGAGAGCACUGAAGACACUCAAGACCAUAAAAGCAUUGAAGACAAUGAAGUCACUCUUUAAAACAGAAAAAAAAAAAGGGGGGUGGGGGGAGGGGAAACAGAUUCAUUUCCAGAAUUGUUUGCAAAUUUAAACACAUUGUGAUUUUGAUCUCUAGCUGUAGCAGUGGUUAGUGGCAGCUUUAUUAACCAGGCAAACUCAAGUAUGCAGUAUUAGCUCUCCUUUCCAUUACAGAAAUGUAAGCCCUUCUACUGCAUAUUUUACUGUGCUAUUUGAUUGUGAUUCUGUUAUGAAGAAAAAUAUAGAGAGGCAAGACAAAUAUAGUUUUACACACAGAGCGAAUGUUACCUGUUAUGAUACUGUACUUUAAUGGUUUUAGAAUUCCAGUGUAUAUUUUGUUGUAUUUUGUAAGUUCAAUAAAACUACAAAACCCUGUA